CGGAAGUUCCCGCCCCGGCUCCGCCUCCGCCCCCGGCUCGCGUGAGCUGGGUGUUUCCUGCCUCUCUCAGUCCGGGUUUGGAGACUCCGGCGUCCUCCGACUUUUCAUGGAAGAGAUGUCAGGAGAAAGUGUGGUGAGCUCAGCGGUGCCAGCGGCUGCUACCCGCACCACUUCCUUCAAGGGCACGAGCCCCAGCUCCAAAUACGUGAAGCUGAAUGUGGGUGGAGCCCUCUACUACACCACCAUGCAGACGCUCACCAAGCAGGACACCAUGCUGAAGGCCAUGUUCAGCGGGCGCAUGGAAGUGCUCACUGACAGUGAAGGCUGGAUCCUCAUUGACCGGUGCGGGAAGCACUUUGGUACGAUACUCAACUACCUUCGAGACGGGGCAGUCCCUUUGCCCGAGAGCCGCCGGGAGAUCGAGGAGCUGCUAGCGGAAGCCAAGUACUACCUGGUCCAGGGCCUGGUGGAAGAGUGCCAGGCAGCCCUGCAACAGAACAAAGAUACUUAUGAGCCUUUCUGCAAGGUUCCUGUGAUCACCUCAUCCAAGGAAGAGCAAAAACUUAUAGCGACUUCAAAUAAGCCAGCCGUGAAAUUGCUCUACAACAGAAGUAACAACAAAUACUCAUAUACCAGCAAUUCUGACGACAAUAUGUUGAAAAACAUUGAACUGUUUGAUAAGCUGUCUCUACGUUUUAACGGAAGGGUCCUGUUCAUAAAGGAUGUUAUUGGGGAUGAAAUCUGCUGCUGGUCCUUUUAUGGCCAGGGCCGCAAGAUUGCCGAAGUCUGUUGCACCUCCAUCGUCUAUGCCACUGAGAAGAAACAGACCAAGGUUGAGUUCCCUGAAGCGCGGAUUUAUGAAGAGACCCUGAACAUUUUGCUGUAUGAGGCCCAGGAUGGCCGAGGACCUGACAAUGCGCUCCUGGAGGCCACAGGCGGGGCAGCCGGGCGCUCCCACCACCUGGAUGAGGACGAGGAGCGGGAACGGGAGCGAAUCGAGCGUGUGCGGCGGAUCCACAUCAAGCGCCCAGACGACCGGGCCCACCUCCACCAGUGAGCAGGCGAGCCGACCCAGCCACCCUCUCCUGCCGCCCCCUUCCUCCCCGCCAUGCCACCCUCAGAUCCUAUGCGGGCUCCCGGGCACCUUCCACUUCCCCUGGAGCCUGGAGAUCCUUUUGUAACAAGCCAGAUAAUUAUUUUGAUACUUCUUGAGAAGGUGAAUUGAUUGUCUCGACCCAAGUCUAUGCAGCCCUUUUGUGGAGCGAGCUGUGUCUAAGGUCUCUACUUUUCAUGAGAGUCCGGGAACCGUUGGAGCCAGGCUUUCUUGGUUCUCGGAGGAAAAGUAUGAAUGAGCGUGAAGUGUAUGUGAGAACUUUUGUUCGCACUAUUUAUUUUUGUGGGUGUUGACGAUGUAUUUGGGCUUUUGGGUGACGUUCCCUGAAGGGUUCAGUUUGACAGUUCCAAGAGGAGUUCUGCAGUUGGUGGCCACCGAGGUGUCUGAGCAACCUAUUUCAUACAUCACAACCCGCCAGCCCCAGCAGAUAGGCUCCUGCUUCAUGUGUGUUUUGCCCCAGCACAAUGUCCACUGCUUUGCUAGAAGUUCAUUCUGCCACGUGGUUUUGUGCCUAGACCUUGUUGAUAAUUGCAGCUUGUAGCAGUGGAAAUGUGACCUAAUAAGCCUCUGAGUUGUUGUCACUAGUGUAGCUUUGGGUGCAAAGCUUUCUUUAAGGAGCAAGCCUUUUGCUGCCUUGACUGGUCUUUGGUUUAGUGCUGGCUGGGACCCCACGUGCCUGCCUAGGAGCAGAGUGUUCCCUGGAGGUGAGUGUUUCGUCUGCUCCUGGCUCCUUCAGUUGUUCUCCCUGUUGCCCUGCUCGGUUCCAGGAAGGCCAUCUGACCCCGUGACAGGCGUAGCUCACAAACUACUCCUCCAAGGGAUCGGCGCCUUCCCCAUGAAGCUGGGCAUACUGCUGCAAGUGGAUGCCCUGCCCUUGGCUUAGAAAUGCAGUGUGGCCCAGACUCUUUGUCCUCCCCCUGCAUCCAAGCAGGGGACAAUCCCCGCAAUACCAGCCCCCAGGGAGCUUCCCUGCUGUAAACACAGCCAUCACCUGGAGAUCCCCUUCUUGUCUUUGCCUCUGAUUCCUACACAGUCUAGAGUGGCCAGCAGUGUACAGGUAGAGAGAACGUGCAGAUAGCUUUGGGUCUGGUCUGUGUCGGUGUUGCCGUUUGUGUAAAGGGAUGUGUGCGACUGUUGACGGGGGAACGUGUGCUUGUGGGGCACAGGUGGCCUGCGCUGGAGUCUGGCUGUCUGCCUGGUGCUCGCGUAGGACGGAUGUUCUCAGUUACCUACCUCCCAGCUCCUCUGUGCCUGCAAAGGAGCAGAAGUGAGUUGUGACUAAUAUGGGUUGUUGAGACUAGACUAGGUAGAGUAGUUAUGAGGAGCUGUGCAUGUGUGUUAGGUGAUGGAUGGGUUUGUCUGCAUAUCAAGGGAGUUCGUUACAGUUUUAUACCAAAGGUAUUAACAUGGGCAGCCUUUGACACAUGUAUUCCAAAAAAUGAGUUUAUAUUUUGAAAUGGUUUUUACAGCUUAGACUUUGAACGUACUGCCCUGCCUGUGACAGUUGUAUGCCUUUAUUUUGUACCCAGCAGCAAAGCCUACAAUAAAAACUGUAAAACAAUCAUGACUGAGCAUAAAACCCGUGCAUUGGGUAGAUACUUUUUAAACUGUUGUGUGGGAAACUUUUAUAUUAGGCCAUUUGGAUUUUAUUAAGUGCUGUGAAAAGAGGGCUUACAAAAUAACGUUUCAUAAAUAUUUUAUACUGUUUAAGUUUUAAACACCAACCCUUUUGGGUUGCACUUUUUUAGAACAUUAAAGUGAAUGUCAGUUUCUGAUGUUUUCUGUAGGAAUGGAAAAGCCAUUGUAUAAAUUGUUUUUUAAAUGUUUGUGUCUGAAGAAGUUGUUUGUGGAACAAUCUGUUUUAUCUUGGCUUCUAUGCCUUAUGAGCUAAUGUUUCUGGCAGCUCUAACUUCACUUUUCCUCUCCCCUUGCACCUGUAGUUUUGAAUCUUUGCCUCUUUGGAAUAUGAGCAGGUUCGUAAAACAUUCCGUGGUGGGUGAUACUGUUAGCUGCACAUGGCCGUGAGCUGACAGACCGUGUUGGCUGGUCCAAGCGCUUAUCAAAUAUACUCUAUAAUAUGGAACUGAUUUUUCUUAUGUUAGCACUAAGGGCAAAAGUCAAUAUGUAUAAUUUAAGAACCAUCCAAGUGAAAAACACUGGCCUAAAAUUUGGCACAAAGAGUAAAGUUUUAUUACAUUGUAAUAGCUUGCAAUUUGAAAAGCAGCAGCAGCUUUUAGUCUGUUGUAAUCAAGUUUUUUUUUUUUUUUUUUUAAUAAGUCAUCUGAUUGUGGUGACCGGGAGGCUGGACCCAAGAGAAUUGCUUACGUAUCUUCUGUCACCCUCCUGUGGUGGAUUAGCCCGUGCAGGUACCUCAGGCCCCUGUUCAGGUGUAUGUGCUGUUCCUUACAGCCGCUAUUCAGGACCGAAGUGUGAACAACACUCAGCCCUUCCUCUCGAGUGUGUGCUGUCUUUAGGGCUCCACCCAACGUCACUGUAACACAUUGAAGUGUCGUUAAUUAAUCUCUGUCCCUCUGUGCUAUGAAAAGAUGCUGUAAGUUUUAGAAGUAGUCACUGUAUGUUGUACAAGCAUUUGUGGACACAUGUAAAAUAAAAGUUAUAUAAUGCUUCUAUUUAAA